UAUUCUUUCUUUAAUUCUCUCGUCUGUGAAGUUAAACAUUCCCACUUCAUUUCUUAAUAUUAGCAUUAUUUAACCUUCCAACCAACACAAUAUAUAUACCGAUCAAUCAUGCGUAAUAGAUCAAUUUCAAGCACCAUGAUGAGUAGCUUUGUUGUUACAUUGCUGCUUCUAGGCACAUUGUGUAAUGCACAGUUAUCUUCUACGUUUUAUGACAGUGCCUGCCCCAAUGCCCUUAGCACCAUCCGAAAAGUGAUUCGCACUGCAGUCUCUAAAGAGCGUCGCAUGGCUGCGUCUCUCAUUCGCCUUCAUUUUCAUGAUUGUUUUGUUCAGGGUUGUGAUGCAUCAAUUUUGCUUGAUGAAACCGCCACUAUUGAAAGCGAAAAAACAGCACGUCCAAAUGAUAAUUCAGUAAGGGGAUAUGAAGUCAUUGAUAAAGCAAAAGCUGAGGUUGAGAAAGUAUGCCCCCAAGUUGUGUCAUGUGCAGACAUCAUAGCAGUUGCAGCACGCGAUGCUUCUUUCGCGGUGAGUGGUCCAUCAUGGACAGUGAAGCUUGGACGCAGAGACUCUACCACUGCAAGCAGAAGUUUAGCUAACAGUGACCUUCCAAGGUUCACAGACGAUCUCCAAACUCUGAUAUCUCGUUUUGGAAACAAAGGACUCACGGCUAGAGACAUGGUUACUCUAUCUGGUGCUCACACAAUUGGACAAGCUCAAUGCUCAACAUUUCGUGACAGGAUAUACAACAAUGCUAGUGACAUUAAUACUGGAUUUGCUAGCACUCGCCGCCGAGGUUGUCCAUCUACCAUUAGCGCCGAGAAUGAUAAGAAGCUGGCUGCACUAGACUUGGUGACACCAAAUUCAUUUGACUACAACUACUUCAAGAAUUUGAUUCAGAAGAAGGGUCUUCUCCAUUCAGAUCAAGUUCUUUUUAGUGGAGGAUCUACAGAUUCUAUCGUCUCUGAAUAUAGUAAAAAUCCUACAACGUUUAAGUCUGAUUUUGCAGCUGCUAUGAUCAAGAUGGGAGAUAUUCAAACGCUAACCGGCUCAGCUGGGAUCAUUAGAAAGAUUUGUAGUGUUGUCAACUAAGUUCUUCAAUGAUGCAAAUAUGCACAUAUGUGUUCUUUUAAAUUUCGUAAAUUCUUUUACAUUCCUUUCUAAGAUGUGUUAUAUAUUCUUAUCAAUUCAUUCAAUUGUAUGUAGUCAUUUGUUUCAUUCAUCAAGAAAUUGUAACAAGUUUGGUUUUAUUUUCUCUAGAUUUAUUUAUUCUUGCACUUGAAGGCUUCAACCUUGUAUUCAUUCAAUAAAAGGAAUUUGGUGACUAGAGUUAGUUGUCAUAUAAAUUCGCAUUGUUUGUGUGUGUUUUUCUGUCAACUACAUCUCAAGCCUAUUUGGAUGCACUUUUCCA